GAGAUAAGUGAACUCGAGAUGUAAUUUAAAUUUUCUGCAUUAGACAUUAUUCUACUGCGAAACAUAACCAAAAAUUCACAGGUAUUUUAUAAUUAUGAAAUCUGCUUCAGGCACAAGCCGACCAUUAGGUGUCGAGUUUGGUUUGGCAGCCUCAUCAGCUGUUGGCGCAGUAAUAUUUACAAACCCACUAGACGUUGUAAAAGUAAGACUUCAACUGCAAGGUGAAUUAUUAAAAAGAGGGACGUAUCACAAGCUCUACAAAAAUACCCUUCACGCUGGAUACGUAAUUCUGAAAAACGAGGGAAUUCGUGGACUCCAGUCCGGUCUGACUCCAGCUUUUGGAUUUCAAAUAGCAUUGAAUGGAAUUAGAAUUGGCUCUUACAAAUUCUCUCGCACCUAUGGAUUCACGUUGAACAAUGAAGGUCAAACAGACUUCUUGAGAACAGCUCUGGUCAGUGGAAUCGCUGGUUGUUGUGGAGCUGUUGUAGGAAGUCCAUUCUAUCUGGUUAAAAUUCGAAUGCAAUCACAAGCUGCCAAAGCAAUUGCUGUGGGUCAUCAGCAUGGGUAUGGAUCAACCAGUGAAGCAUUUCGAAGUUUAUGGAGAGAAGGUGGGAUUUCAGGACUUUAUCAGCGAUGGUAUGCUAAUGUACCUAGAGUUUUCUUUGGAUCAUCAACGCAAUUAACGAUGUUCAGUCUAGCUACCGAUUUACUGCGACCCAUUCAAUUUUUUGAAAAUCAUCCCAUGAUUUUGACGUUCUUCUCAGCAUUAAUAGGCGGAAGUUCUUUGGCUCUGAUGACACAGCCUUUAGAUGUUAUUUCUGUGAGGCUGUACAAUCAAGCUACUGAUAAUCAGGGCAAGGCAUUGAUAUACCGCAAUUAUUUCGAUGCGCUCAUAAAAAUUUUUAAGACAGAAGGAAUAUUUGGUCUCUACAAAGGACUUUUUCCAACUUGGAUGAGAUCAGCACCUCAUACCGUUCUGUGUUUAUGUUUCUACGAACAAUUAGAGAGAUUAUACGAUGGAUUUACUGAUCGAUAAGUUAUGUUAAGAGAAUUUAUAUUUAAUUGUACACGCAGUUGUCAUCGCAAUUGGCACUUGUCCAAGAAUCAGCCAAUGAUACAGUCAAUUUGAGAUGCCAACAAUUGAAAUAAUAUCUGUG